UCGUAUGGACGUUAUUUAAUGAAAUAUGGUUUCAGAACAAUAUGCGGGAUAUGUUGUCGUGUGUGUAUAGCAAAUUCAGAAACAUGGACGAGAAAGUUAAUGGUUAUGAAAACAUACAACUUAAAAAUCUCGUAAUUUCCAGAGCUUGCGAAUACCAAACAAAGGACUGUAACCAACGAGUUUUGGACAUGUUUAGAAAGUGGAUGAAAAGUAUAGACCCAGACAAUAAUAAUAUAUUGCCUAAAGAACUGAAAGACACUAUUUGUAUCCAAGCCAUACAAUCUGGAGGUGAAGAAGAAUGGAACUUUUUAUGGAAACGUUAUCAGUGUUCUAAUUUUAAGAGUGAAAAAAAUUAUAUGAUCUUAGCAUUAGGAUGUACUUUAAUAGAAUCGUUACUACUGAGGUAUUAAUACCAUUUGUGAUUAGAUUUGUGUAUGCUGAUUAAACUAUUGUUACCAGGGCCGGACUGGCCCACUGUGCUACUGUGCUACAGCACAGUAGGCCGCGGCUG